GCCCUGCGAGAAGGUUCCCGCCAGGCUAGACAGUGGAGCGCCGCACAACCAGCCUUCCCGCCUCUCAGCUGCAGCCCCAGCCUUUCCGACCCAGCGCCAGCAGGCCUGCUAGGUCGAUGUUCGAGUUGAAGAUGCGGCGGGGCUGGAAGAUGGCUCUGUCCGAGGGUCUGCGGUUCUGCCGCCGAAUAGUUUCCUGGGUGCCAGUGCUCGUCAUAGUCCUCGUUGUGCUCUGGUCCUACUAUGCCUACGUCUUUGAACUCUGUUUGGUGACUAUUUUGAGUCCAGCAGAAAAAGUUAUCUACCUCAUAUUCUAUCAUGCCAUCUUUGUGUUCUUUACUUGGACCUACUGGAAGUCUAUUUUUACACUCCCACAGCAGCCAAACCAGAAGUUCCAUUUGUCCUAUACAGACAAGGAGCGCUAUGAAAAUGAAGAGAGACCUGAGAUCCAGAAGCAGAUGCUCAUUGAUAUGGCCAAGAAAUUGCCAGUUUACACAAGAACUGGGAGUGGAGCUGUACGAUUUUGUGACCGUUGCCAUUUGAUCAAGCCAGAUCGGUGCCACCACUGCUCUGUCUGUGCCAUGUGUGUAUUAAAAAUGGACCAUCACUGCCCUUGGGUUAAUAACUGCAUUGGAUUUUCCAACUACAAAUUCUUCCUUCAGUUCUUAGCUUAUUCUGUUCUUUACUGCCUAUACAUUGCUACAACCGUCUUCAGCUAUUUCAUCAAAUACUGGAGAGGAGAAUUGCCCAGUGUUCGCUCUAAGUUCCAUGUCCUUUUUCUCCUCUUUGUGGCCUGCAUGUUUUUUGUCAGCCUUGUGAUUCUCUUUGGUUACCAUUGUUGGCUUGUCAGCAGAAACAAAACCACAUUAGAGGCCUUCUGUACUCCAGUGUUUACAAGUGGCCCAGAGAAAAAUGGUUUCAAUCUUGGUUUCAUAAAAAAUAUCCAGCAGGUAUUUGGAGAUAACAAGAAGUUCUGGCUAAUACCUAUUGGCUCCAGCCCUGGUGAUGGACACUCCUUCCCUGUCAGGUCCAUGAAUGAGUCACAGAACCCACUACUAGCAAAUGAAGAACCCUGGGAAGACAACGAAGAUGACGACCAAGAUUAUCCAGCAGUUUCAUCAUCUCUUGCCAUGGAAACAGAAACGUAGCAGGUUUUAUGGUUCAUCAUCUGUCAUACAGCCACCAAGUUGCAGAUGCUACCAUGAUUCCAUCCUGACUUCCCUGGGCAGAUGACUUCACCAGUGUGUCCUGGAACCUCACCUCCCCAGAGCUCAAUCCCAUCAGGGCAAGACAGAAACAGGCUGGGGCUAUGGAUUGACCUGCCAACGUCCAUGUCUAGUGGAGAAGCAAUUACAGAAGCCAGACCUAAUACGUUCUGCAGUCCAUAAAAUUUUGGUCCAUACUCCCAGAGGGAUAAAGAAUAUGGAGGGGAUAGAGUAUAGAACUCUGGUGGUGGGAAUUGUACUCCUCUUAUUCUACAAUCUUGUCAAUCAUUAGUAAGUCACUAAUAAAAAGAGAAAAACUUUUCCACCUAAAACAUGUAUCCAUUUUCACCACUAUGCACUAGGACCCCAAAUCUUCCCCACUGCCUCUACUUAUCCUUAUUCCCCUAGAGUCCUUUGCUUUUCUGGAAUACAUCUAACCGAAAUCUCUAUUUUCUUACAAGUAAAGUAAAAAAAUGAUAUGAUCUUCUUGAAUGGUAUUUGCAAGGACUAAAUGGAAUUCCAGCACAGAAGUUGGAUUGAGAAUUGCCCUUUUUGAUAGAGACAGAGAGAAAUUGAGAAAGGAGAGGAGAUAAAGGAGGAGAGAGUCAGAGAGAUACCUGUAGCUCUGCUUCCCCCCACCCCCUGUAGGUGGGGACCUGAGGCUUGAAUCUGGCUCUUUGGGCACUGUGAUAUGAGUGUUUAGCCAGGUUUGCCACCACGUGGCCCCAAGAGUUGCUGGGAUGAUCAUAGACAGAAGUCAAAAAACAAAAACAAAAGGGAAAACACAAAGCAGAACUUGGACUGAACUUGGUAUAUUGCACCAAUGUAAAGGACUCUGGGGGGUGAGGAGUGUUUGGCUCCUGGAAAAUGAUGGUGGAGGAGGACCUAAGUGGGGGGGGGGUUAGAGUGUUAUGUGGAAAACUGAGACAUGUUGCACAUGUACCAACUACUGUAUUUUACUGUUAACUGUAAUCAUUAAUCCCCCAAUAAAGGAAAAAAUGACAUUUAAAAAUGUCUAUUAGUGAUGUAAGGAUGUUUUAUAAAAUUAGAAAAUUUCAGAUGUAUAAAUUCAUACCCACAGAUGGUGAGUGAUAAGCCACCACAUCCUCCACCAAAGAUUUGUGCUCCCCCCAUAACCACCACAGAGUAGUUACCAUUUUUUUGCAACUUAGUUUGCUUUAGUCACACAUAAUUAGCAUGUGAAUAAAACAAUCUUGUACUUGUCCUUCACCUGUUAACUUAUUUCAUCUUGCAUAAUCACUUCUAGUUCCAGCCACAUUGUUCCAAAUAAUGCAAUGUCAUCUUUCCUAAUGGCAGCUUUCUGUUUCCAUUGAGUACUUAUCCAGUAGCUUCUUUUAAAAAUAUUUUUUCAUUAUCUAUAUUUAUUCAUUGGAUAGAGACAGCCAGAAAUUGAGAGAGAGGAAAAUCAUCUUUGCUUCACCACUUGCAAAGCCUUCCCCCUGCAAGUGCAGACCAGGGGCUUGAACUUGGGUCCUUGUGCAGGUGUGCUACCAUCCAGCCCUUCCAAUAGCUUCUUUAUCAACUCAUCUGUUCUUGGGCAUUUAGAUUGUUUCCAUAUUUUGCUAGUGUAAAUGGUGCAACUAUGAACACAGGGGUGCACAUACAUGUUUUAGUAUAAUUUCUUGCCCUUUAGACAUAUCCCUAGAGUAUUUGUGUAUCAUAUAAGGUUUUUCUUUUUUUUUUUUUUAAGGAUUCUCCAUACUAUUUCCUUCCCCCUCUCUCUCUCUCUCUCUCUCUCUCUCCAAGGUUAUUGCUGGGGCUCGGUGCCUGCACUAUAAAUCCACUGCUCCUGGAGGCUAUUUUUGUUUAUCGUUGUUGUUAUUAUUGUUGUUAUAGCUGUUGUUGGAUAGGACAGAGAGAAACGGAGAGAGGAGGGGGAGAGAAAGAUAGAUACCUGCAGACCUGCUUCACCGCCUGUGAAAUGAACCCCCUGUAGGUGGGGAGCCAGAGGCUCAAACCAGGAUCCAUAUGCCUGUCCUUGCGCUUUGCCAGGCCCCCUCCAUACGAUUUCCUAUAGGGACUGCACCCAGUUUGCAUUCCCACCAACAGUGCAACAAAGUUUUUUUUUCUUCACAUUCUUACCAACACUUAUUAUUUCCUGUUUUGUUGGUGUAGGCCAUUUUCAUGACCUCAGGUGGCAUUUCACUGUGGUUUAAAUUUGUACUUCUUAAAUGAUAAGUAAUUUUCAUGUCUGUGGGCCAUAUGCUUAUCAUCUUUAGACAAAAAUGUCUAUUCAGAGCCCACUCUUUAUUGGGUUAAAAGUUUUAGUUGUUGUUGAGCUGUAUGAUUUCUUUAUAAAUGUUUGAUAGCAAUCCCUUGUCGGAUGUAUGAUGUGCAAAUAUCUUCUCCCAUUUACUGUCUGCCUUUUUAUCUUCAAUUGUGUAAGACUCUUUUCAAACGUUUGCUUUGUUUUUUUAUUUCUAUUAUUGAUUUAAUAGUGAUUGACCUGUG